GAGAGAGGAAGAGGCAGAGGGAGAGAGGGGGAGAGGGGAUCUGUUGCAGGCAGGGGAAGGCGUGACCUGAAUGAAGAAUGCCAGCCAAUUCCAGAGACACACAGGGACCUCAGAACAAAGAUAAGGCAUCGCUGACACCACACCGGGGGACAAGCUCCCAGGAAAGUCAGGCCGAGGGGACCGAAGCCAGGCAGCCAGGAGCACCCCAGGCAGGAAAAUGAGGUGGCUCCUUCUCUGUCAUGCUCUGUGCUUCUCCUUCUUGAAAGCUUCAGCCCAUACCGUGGAGCUUAACAAUAUGUUUGGCCAGAUUCAGUCACCUGGCUAUCCAGACUCCUAUCCAAGUGAUUCAGAGGUGACUUGGAAUAUCACUGUCCCAGAGGGAUUUCGGAUCAAGCUUUACUUCAUGCACUUCAACUUGGAAUCCUCCUACCUUUGUGAAUAUGACUAUGUGAAGGUAGAAACGGAAGAGCAGGUGCUGGCAACGUUCUGUGGCCAGGAGACUACAGACACAGAGCAGACCCCUGGCCAGGAAGUCGUGUUCUCCCCCGGCUCCUUCAUGUCCAUCACUUUCCGGUCAGAUUUCUCCAAUGAGGAGCGAUUCACAGGCUUUGAUGCCCACUACAUGGCUGUGGAUGUGGACGAGUGCACUGAGCGGGAGGACGAGGAGCUGUCCUGUGACCACUAUUGUCAUAACUACAUCGGCGGCUACUACUGCUCCUGCCGCUUUGGCUACCUCCUCCAUACAGACAACAGGACCUGCCGAGUGGAGUGCAGUGACAACCUCUUUACCCAGAGGACCGGCGUGAUCACCAGCCCUGACUUCCCCAACCCUUAUCCUAAGAGCUCAGAAUGCUUCUACACGAUAGAGCUAGAGGAGGGUUUCAUGGUCAGCCUGCAGUUUGAGGACAUUUUCGACAUUGAGGAUCAUCCUGAGGUGUCCUGCCCCUAUGACUACAUCAAGAUUAAAGCUGGUCCAAAUGUUUUUGGGCCCUUCUGUGGAGAGAGAGCCCCAGAACCCAUCAAUACCCAGAGCCACAGCGUCCAGAUCCUGUUCCGCAGCGACAACUCAGGGGAGAACCGGGGCUGGAGGCUCUCGUACAGGGCGACAGGGAAUGAGUGCCCAGAGCCACAGCCUCCUGUCCAUGGGAAAAUCGAGCCCCUACAAACCACGUAUUCCUUCAAAGACCAGGUGCUCAUCAGCUGUGACACAGGCUACAAAGUGCUGAAGGAUAAUGUGGAGAUGGAUACAUUCCAGAUCGAGUGUCUGAAGGAUGGGACAUGGAGUAACAGGAUCCCAACCUGUAAAAUUGCAGACUGUGGAGCCCCGGCAGAGCUGAAACAUGGGCUGAUUACCUUCUCCACCAGGAACAACCUUACCACAUAUAAAUCUGAGAUCCAAUACUCCUGCCAGCAGCCCUACUACCAGAUGCUCCGCAAUAUCACAGGUAUAUACACCUGUUCUGCCCAAGGAGUCUGGAUGAAUGAAGUACUGGGGAGAAGCCAGCCCACAUGCCUGCCAGUGUGUGGGGUCCCCAAGUUUUCCCGGAAGCUGAUAGCCAGGAUCUUCAAUGGACGCCCAGCCCAGAAAGGCAGCACCCCCUGGAUUGCCAUGCUGUCAUACCCAAAUGAGCAACCCUUCUGUGGCGGCUCCCUUCUAGGCACCAGCUGGGUCGUGACUGCAGCUCAUUGCCUCCACCAGUCACUCGAUCCAGAUUACCUAGCCCUACAAGACUCAGACCUGCUCAGACCUUCUGACUUCAAAAUCAUCAUGGGCAAGCACUGGAGGCGCCAGUCGGAUGAGAACGAGCAGCAUCUCGGGGUCAAACGCAUCUUCCUCCAUCCCCUGUACAACCCCAGCACAUUCGAGAAUGACGUGGCUUUGGUGGAGCUGCUGGAGAGCCCAGUGCUGAGCGACUUUGUGAUGCCCAUAUGUCUGCCAGAGGGCCCCCCGGAGGAAGGGGACGUGGUCAUCGUCAGUGGCUGGGGAAAGCAGUUCUUGCAAAGGUUCCCAGAGACCCUGAUGGAGAUCGAAAUCCCGAUUGUGGACCACCGUACAUGUCAGGAGGCCUAUGCCCCUCUGAAGAAGAAAGUGACCAGGGACAUGAUCUGUGCUGGGGAGAAGGAAGGGGGAAAGGACGCCUGUGCAGGUGACUCUGGAGGCCCCAUGGUGACUCUGGAUAAGGAGAGAGGACAGUGGUAUCUGGUGGGAACAGUGUCCUGGGGCGACGACUGUGGAAAGAAGGACCGCUACGGAGUAUAUUCCUACAUCUACUACAAUAAGGACUGGAUCCAGAGAGUCACCAGGAUGAUGAAUUGAAUUCCGUUCCUCAUCCCUGACACCACCUGUCCGUGGUCAGUCAGCAGCACAGGAUAAUUCUCUGAUACAGGAUGCCCCUCCCCCUCACCUCCCCCUCACCCCCUCAGCCCACCCUUUAGGGGCUCCUAAAGGGGGCAUCUCAGCCUGCUUUCCACACUUUCUAAAGGCUGAGUAGCUAGCUGAGUGAUCAGAACACAAGGCUGAAUCCAGACACUAUCGCUCACAGCUUUGCAUCACUGGGCAGGUGACUUUAUCUCUGAAUCCGUUAUUUCUUCGAUAUUAUGGAAAUGGCAUACCUUACCUACCUCAUAAGUGUCUGAUGAGGAUAAAAUUAAUUAAUAAUUACAUAGCACUUAGCACAGUGCAGACAUAACCUAAGUGCUCAGUAAACAUGACUUAGCAAGAGGUCAUUGUGCUUACCAGGUAGAUGAAGCUCUCUUACAAAUCCCACUGGCUCUUUAGGGCUGAUCAGUAUGCAACUUUCCCCUCAACCUUGACCAUCUCCUUCAUCUGCCCCCAAAUGUUUCUUUGCUACUAUGCACUUUUAUCAGUCCCGAUCCCUGCCCCCCAUAAAAAGGCGAAAGAGACAAGAUUCUUAGUCCUAGAGCAUGUCCAAUAGCCAUGCAUUUAUGAAUGUGAGAGCUGGACACCAAGCCAUGAGAGUGCCUGAGAGAAGCAGGAUGGGGAUGAGGGAGCGACCAAGAGCAGUGGACUGGGAAAUCAGAUGCCAGGUUCUAGAACUAGCUCAGCCCCCAGCUCUUGUGUGACUCUAUGGAAGCCCCUUCUCCUCGUCUGAAAGGACAUUCCCAGCUUUGACAGCCUAGGAUCUAAUGAAGACAUUUUUCCUUGAUAAGAUGACUUAAAGCCGAAAUAACGAAAGGCAAAAAUUAACUUAUGGUUCAAUAGGGUUUUGAUGCAGACCCAAUACUGCAUCUGCUAUAAUGCCCUCCCCACCCCCACCCCAUCUGCCAUGUGCCCGUUCCCAAGAACAUAGCCCAGCAAAGUGCUAGUCAAGGGAAACUCCUUAUUCCUAGGCACAACUGUUCAUUCCCUUCCUGGGAACCUGAGCUGCACAAGGUCAGCCCUGCUGCGCUAGACGCAGGCCCCUGCACUCUUCCUCCUUAUAUCCACAACAGACCCCAAGAAGCCAUUCCACUGCUCACCUCUGUCCCUCACGAUGCAUGCCCUGGCCUUGCAAGGUUAUAAGUGUUUACCAGGCAGAAUGCCUCUCCCCUCCAAGAGCCACCUCCUCUCUCAGGAAGCUUUCAGAGACCUCAUCCCUUCCAGAGCUCUGAGAUUUAAGCCCUUCAAGGAAUCAAAAGCUCCAAGUUCCUGUCUUCUGUUCUAUCAAAAUUGAUCUUCAUGGGCGAUUUCAAUUCUUAGCGGCACUGCAGUUGGUGGAGUCAUUCAGGAUCUCUUGCUGGAAGAAGAUAAUGAGGGGUGAGAACUCAUGGACACUAAGCCCUAGGCUGAAUGCUCAGGGACAGCAAUUCACAGGCUGCUUCUGGUUCCAUGAGCAAGUCACUUUACCUCUUGGUGCCCUGCUGUCUGCACUGUAGAGGGAAGAUGACAAUGGGUACCCAACUUCAUCAGAUACAUGUCAAGAAAGAUGAAGCUUUGUCUCAGACACCAAAGAAUCACAAUGCAAAGUUUUAGAGUUGUUCUAAGACAUUCCAAAACCCCAUACUGUCCCAUUUCACAGCACUGCCUGGGUGGCCCCAUCAGCUAGGCUGUGCUGACUGCUAUGGAGAACACCAAAAUGUAGGAGCUCCUACAGGAAAGACUGACACAUGUGCAGGUGAUUACCAUGAAAAGAAUGAGCCCUGCUAAAUGCUAUCCUUGGGAGCAGCAUGGCAGCAAAAGAAUGGCCACGCUGGUAUGGAGGCAUUGGGACAGGGACUUCAGGAAGGCAUCCGAGAAGAGAUGAUGUUAGCUCUGACCCUUGAGACCAUUUCCACAGGCAAGAGAGAGGGAGGCCUUCCAGGUGGAAGGAGCACACGAGUAAACAUCCACUCGGGCUUUCCUGAGAUUACGAUAGCUGCUCUCACAAAAAUGACAUUUACUGGGCCAUUGUUCUGAUUCGGGGGUCAGAACCAACGUCUGAAAUAGCCUUUCUCCUAAAGGUCAGGCAACUGUGGGACUUGAAUAGCCUGAAGAAUUAUAUACAAAUCCAGACUUCUGGUUGUACCCAGGUCCUUUUGUUAUUUCCCCCGUGUACAAUUUUAUCCUUAUUCUGAGGAAAUGUCUAAAUGGGCUGUGGAGCUUCAGCUUACCUUUGAUCAGGAAGCAUUUAUUAGCUACAUCAGCCCCUGCACUGCUGUGAAGGUUCAAGAAACCCAAACUUCUCACAGAGCCAUAGAAGCAGAGGCUUGGAAUGUCUAUUAGGACCAUCUUCUCUAGAGAUGAGAAACUCCUUACCUCCAAAUGCAGCCAUUCCAACUUCAAAAUGUGCUACCUCUUAGACAGCAAAAAUCCACCUCCCUAAAAUAUAGCUUGUAUAUCAAGCUGUGAUUCCGUCCAUGAAUGCUGUUGGUAGCACUAAUGAUCAUGCCAAUUUCAUUAGCAAUGGAAGCUCUUGUUCUUAUGAGUAACUACACAUGUGUUCCAAUAAACAUCUGCAUUGAGCCAAAGCAUUCCAUUUGGCUUCUAUA